UAUCUAUCGUUCUAAGGUUCUAAGGUAUUAUAGGAAACUUUUAUUGGCUGUUGAAAAUGGAAUAUUACAGAAUGUGCAUUAACCAACCAACUGAGACGUAACUAGUCACGUGACUGUUACCACACCUCAUUUUCUUCACAUCCUUUACCAUAAUAUAAAGGGUUUCUUCGGUUCCUUACUCGUUCACUACCGUUUCUCGUUUGGGUGUCGUUUGGCGGGAACGAUUGGAACGAAGAGCAAACUUGUGUAGUAAGCACAUAUGGAUAUUUCUGAUUAACGACCAGACGCGUUUGCUUGUGGUUGUAGCAAAGGUAGUGCGUAUAGUGAUAUCCAAAUCGUACAAAAUGGCAUCUAUACGUGCACCCACAGAAUCUACAUCAAAGGACUCUGGCACUCCCGAAAAGAAACAAAAAGUAGAAUCUACGACUAAGCUGCCAGAUCUUGAAGCCACUGCUAGUGCUACACUUACCUAUCCCGAGGAAAAGGCCAAAGGCGCAGUAGAAGAGAAACAGUCAAAAGCUGGUCUUGCCAAUAAUACUAAAACCAACUGGGAAAUGAUCGACUGGUCUUGCACGAAGAAAAAUGGAUAUGAUCAAACUCAUAACAUGAAAAUAAGUUCUUGGAAUGUUGGAGGCUUAAAAAGAUGGAUCAAGAAAGGUUGCUUGGAGUAUGUGAAACUAGAAAUGCCAGACAUAUUCUGUCUUCAAGAGACAAGAUGUAAGGAAAAUGACCUUCCCAAAGAAUUGGAUGAAUUGGGAAACUAUAAUAAAUAUUGGCUUGCAAGCAAAAAGGAUGGAUAUGCUGGGGUUGGGCUUUUUACUAUAAAGAAGCCCUUGGAUGUGUUGUAUGGUAUUGGCCAAAAAGAACAAGAUGAUGAUGGCCGUUGUAUCACGGCAGAAUAUGAAGACUACUAUGUCGUAUGCGUCUAUGUGCCUAAUGCAGGACUAGGGCUAAUUACUUUGCCGAAACGCGUAGAUUGGGACGAUUCUUUCAAGAGGCUUAUCAUGGCGCUAGAGCGAAAUAAGCCGGUCAUCAUUGCUGGUGACAUGAACGUUUCACAUCAUGAAAUCGACCUGGCAAUGCCAACAAAUAAAGUGAAUAAGGCUGGUUUUACAGCUGCGGAGAGAUUAGCAAUGGAUGACCUCUUAAUCUGUGGCUACUUUGAUGUUUUUAGACAUUUGUAUCCUGGGACAGUAGCCUACACAUUUUGGACAUACAUGAACUAUAGAAAAAAAAAUAUAGGCUGGAGGCUUGACUAUUUUCUGAUCUCCGAAAAAUUAAUACGCAAAGUGUGUGACUGCGUAAUUCGGAGCGAGGUAUUGGGCUCUGAUCAUUGCCCGAUCACUCUUUUUUUAAAUAUCUAAAUCGUGUUUGUGUUCCAUAGGUUAAGUGUUCGAAUAUUUAUGUUACGUUUUUAUUUUGUAUAACCCAAUGUUUUUAGUGAGAACAUAAUGCUUAGGCUGUGAUCAUAGCCUAUCCAUUUUCUUCCAAAUACCAACGCUAUAUAUUAUUUUGUCUAUAAGAUAUGGGUAUUUCACAAUGUAAUAACAUUCAAGCUAUAAGGCUGUGAUCGUUGCUCAAUCACUGUAUUUUAAAUACAUAAGUUAUCCUUGUCUGUGUACCACAGUGUCACAGUAGUAUUCAAGUUUGUAUGGUUACCAUUUAGCAUGUAGGAUUGUUCGUUUUCAGUUUUGGCGAGUUCAACUCGCAAUAUGUAUUUUCUAUAUUUGUAUUUUUCUAAUAAAGGAUUUGCCAGUAAGAAAUA